AUGCCUUUCCCAAGUUUUUUCUUCCAGUCCCUUCUUCCUGGUCAUCUCCUCCAGUACGGAAGGCAGGGGGAGCCCUGGGGAGAGGCAGAGGUGGUGGAGGACUUAGGUUGGGCAUGGCUGAGCAGUGUGGGAAGAAGGGCUCCUGGGCCCUUGCUUGCACCACCCCCAACCCAGCACCCCCAACCUGGGUUCCUAGAGAGCUACUACAGCCCAUGUAUUUCACACUCCUCUCUAGCACUGGGAACUCAAAAUGCACAUAUGCCUGCUCAGUCAUGCCCAACUCUUAGGGACCCCAUGAACUGGGUCCCUCAAGGCUCCGUCAUGGGAUUUUCCAGUCAGGAAUAUUGGCGCACGUUACCAUCUCUUGUUCCCGGGGAUCUUCCUGUCCCAGGGAUUGAACCUGCAUCUUUUGGGUGUCCUGCAUUGGCUGGUUAUCACUGCACUAGCUGGGAAGCCAGAAACUCAAAAUAUAUGGCAUUCAAGUCAACCCCUGCCCCCCAAAAAGUUAACUUUAUGAGUUGUUCCAUCUCCCACUCAAUUGUUCCAGUAAUGACUCUGUAA